AUGAAAAAAUGCGGUCCACUGACACUUUCUGCUGCUGAAGAUGCAAAAUUUGUCAUUAGGUUACAACAAAGACUAGCAGAUCUUACUGCUGAUAAUAUGGAUCAAAGAAAAAGAGAAAUUUCAGAAUCUUUUUAUGCAAAUUCUCCAGAAAAAGUCCGAAUUAUUGUUCAUGAAUUAAUUUUAUUAACUCAUAUACGUCCACUAUUGAUAAAUCGUUUAGUUGAAAUGACCAGAUUCUUAAUUGCGUUAGGAUCUUCAAAUUCUAAUUUCCUUAACUUCAAAGAGUUCAUUAAAUUCGAAGUAUUUCACAGUUCUCAAGACUGGAGAACAAAAGUACCAGAAUUAUUCUUUUUUAGAAAACUUUAUUUGGCAAAAUUUUAUACGACACAAGAAAUCGUUCAAACAAUACUUAAUUUCCCAAGACAUCAUGAAAACAUCUACUUCUUAUUCUUCUGCUACUUUGCUCCUGAAAUUUGUGAGUAUGAUAAAGAAAUUUUCAUGAAAAUUUUAAAUAUUACAUACGAUUUACAGAGAAUGAAGAAGUGUCUUAAGACAAUUCGCAAUAAAUUCGAGAAUUACGCAGAAACAUCAUGGGAUGAACAUUUAAUUUUAAUUAAUCAAGUUUGGCCAACAGAAUCAAUUCCUUACGCCAUAGAACACAACGAAACAGCAUUUUUAGAAACAUUUCUUCCCAAAGAAGAAGAGGAAAAGAAGGAAGAAAAACCUAAAAAUGAUGAAAAUGACGAAGAAACAAAAAGUGACAAAGAGGAAGUAAAAAGUGAACCUAAAAAACCUCAUUUUUCACAGUGGAUAGAAUUCGAUGAAGGAUACGAUUGGAACCAACAAAUCGAUAAGAAUCCAUUAGAAAUAUGUCCAUUGGCUCAAGAACGUCCAACAUAUAUCCAAUUGGCCGCAUUAUAUGGCUCCGAAAGAGUUUUUUCAUGGCUCAGAAGACAAGGAGCUUUUGUUACGGAAGAUGUCGAGAAAUACGUUAGUGCUGGUGGCAAAUUAAGCAUAUUAAGAGAAUGCGAGCAAUGCGGUAUUGUUUUCGAGAAAUCCUUUGUUUACGCGAGCGAAUACAGACGAGAUCAUGUUUGGGAUUGGAUCAACAGAUCAAAUAAUGUUCAAUACGAAUGGGUUAAAAAAGAAAAUUAUUUGAAAUGUGUCGUAACUAACAAUAUGAAUGUAAUGCUGUAUUACGCAAACAAUGGAUUCGAGCCAUGUCAAAGAGAUGAUGAAUGGAGAACUCCUCUCCAUAUUUGUGCAAUUUGCGGACAUGUUACUGGUUGCAAAUUCGCAGGAGGAGCAAUAAAAUGUGAUGUAAAUGCAAUUGAUACUUACAAAAUGACUGCUGUUCAUUACGCGUGCAAAGAAGGAUGGUUAGACAUUUUGGAGUAUCUUAGUAUAAGAGGUGCUGACUUUAACAGAAAGGAUAAUGCUAUGUGGACACCUUUACAUUAUGCAGCACAAUUAGGAGAUAUCGAAAUUGUUAAAUUUGUUGUGAAACAAAGAGGAGUUAUGAUCAACGCUAAAUCUGAAACUGAUUGGACUCCUGUUCACGUUGCAGCUGCUGAAGGACAUGUCCAUAUUUUGGAAUAUUUCUACUCAAUGGGUGCUGAUCUUUAUAGUGGAGAUAUUUCCAAAAUGACUCCUCUUCACAUCGCUGUUAAAUACGGACAUUUGGAAGUUGUUCAUUUUUUGUUGAAAUUAAAUGCUGAUCCAAAUUUGAAGGAUUCAAUGAACAAAACUUGUUUGAUGAUGUGCGAAAGUCCAAUAAUUCGCCAGCUACUUAUUGAUAAUGGAGCUAUUGAAACAAAAAGACGCUGGUAA